AUCAUGGAAACAACAAAUUGUAGGGCUCUAUAUGGAUUCGCAUCAUCACCAUAACUAAUAUCAAUCACCUGAAAAUUUUCACUAUCUUAAUCUCAUCUUCAUUCCGAUCUACCAAUUCUCUUCUUCAAUGUCAUCAAUCGACUCCCAAGUUGCCAAAGAGCUUCGCUUCUUCCGAGUUUACAACGACGGACGCAUCGAGUUGUUCCGUCCACACUGGGACAAGAUCCCACCCUGCGAUGACCCCAUUACCGGAGUCCGUUCCAAAGACGUUACCAUCUCCUCCGACCCUCCCGUAUCCGCCCGUAUUUUCAUUCCUAAACUCACAAGCCCCACGCACAAGUUUCCUCUCUUACUCUACAUCCACGGCGGUGGCUUCUGCAUACUCUCUCCCUUUUCUCCACUAUACCACAACUUCUGUAGCACCGUUUCAGCACAAGCAGGCGUCAUAGUCGUCUCCGUCGAGUACGGACUCUUCCCGACCCGACCUAUUCCCGCUUGUUACGAUGACUCAUGGGCCGCACUCCAGUGGGUGGCGUCGCACGUCAGUGGAAAUGGACCUGAGCCUUGGUUGAACCAUCAUGCCGAUUUCAGCAAACUUCAUAUCGGAGGAGACAGUGCAGGAGGGAAUAUCUCGCAUACUUUGGCGUUCCGGGUCGGGUCAAUUGGGUUACCGGGUGUGAAAGUAGAUGGUGUGAUUUUAGUUCAUCCGUAUUUUGGUGGGACGGAAGAUGAUGAAACGUGGUUGUUUAUGAAUCCAACCAACGGUGGGUUGCAGGAUCCUCGGCUGAAACCGCCGGCGGAGGAUCUGGGUAAGCUUGGGUGUGAAAGAGUACUGAUAUUUGUGGCUGAGAAAGAUCAUUUGUAUACUCCGGGAAAAGAAUACUAUGAAGAAUUGAAGAAAAGCGGAUGGGGAGGGAAAGUUGAGUUGGUUGAAAAUCAUGGGGAAGAACAUUGCUUCCAUUUGCACGAUCCCAAAUACGAAAAAGCUAUGGAGUUAACCAACAAGUUUGUUUCAUUUAUCAAUCAAGCUUAGAUCUCGUUAUUGUAAUAAAUUUAAAUAAAAUGCGACUUUUUUUUUGUUUCAA